GAAAAUGACGCUCUGAGUUUUACGGUUGACUUUUUAUUUACAUUUUUUAAAUAUUUUGACUAAACAUGUUAUUAACAGAAGAAAUAAGAGACAUUUUCCUUAAAGUGCAGCAAUGCAGCUCUACUCAUCAAAAGAGUCACAAAGUUUUGUGUAAUUUAUACAAUAAACACUCUCAAGAUGUAUUUGUAGAAACUUUUAAGGAGCAAAUUAAAAAACUAGUAUUACUAAAACAUACUCCGUCGACAUUGUUUCGCUUGCUGGACUUCUGUUCUGCAUUUAUAGUCAGUGUCAGUGAAGAAAGUAACAAACUAAAUUUGUCUCAAGAAGAAUUACUAGAAACCAGCACUCACCCGUUUUUAGCCGAGAUGUUCAAUUUGGCAUUGCAAUAUCAUGAUCAUGGUAUCCCAGAAGUAAGAUACCGGGCAUGUAUUUUUAUAACUUCCCUUUUAAAACACCUUGGUGAUGGCUUCCUUGAUAAUGAUAUCUGUGAUAAAAUAGAAGAAGCCAUGUUAGAAAGGAUUAUUGAUUUAAAAGCUUCUAUUCGCAGUCAAGCAAUAAUAGCAUUAGCAAGGUUACAAGAUCCAUCUAAUCCAGAGUGUCCAGUUCUUAGGGCAUUUAUAGGAAGUUUUAAUGAUCCUAGUCCAACAGUCAGAAAACAUGUUGUCGAAGUGGUAGGAAUAUCUGGUCAGACAGUAUCAAAAAUUUUAGAGAAACUUCGAGACGUUGAUGCUGCUGUACGUGUAGCAAGCUAUGAAAGAUGUUUAAUUAUAGAACCUAAAUAUAUGAAAAUUGAGCAGCGUCAAACAGUAAUACACAGUGGAUUUAAGGAAGAUAAUAAGCGAGUGAAAAAUUCCUUUUUAAACAAAUUACUUCCCAAAUGGCUAUCAUGUUAUAAUGGUGACUAUUUACAAUUACUAAAAGCAGUAAAGUUGGAUGCAUACGAAACAGAUUUUGAGAUGACUGAAUUUUUGAAUACUAAUCUCCUAGAAGUUUUUUUUAAAACCAAUCCCAUAAAUGAAAUUAUGGAGUAUUUACCUAUAAAUGAAUACAAAAAUAUACCAUUGGAGAAAUUAACUACCGAAGCAGCAAUUUUUUGGCGCGUUUUGGUUAAUUAUUUGAGACGCAAUGUAGAAGAAUUUAUUGAUCAGGUCAUUCCUGAACUUCCAUCAUUUUGUGACUACAUUUAUAGUUAUCAUAAAGAAAACACUGACAAAAAACUGGAAGUUUGGGAGUUCUUUGAGUUCCAAUCAAUCAUGGCAAAUCUUUUAUUAAUUCUAACGGGAUAUGAUUUUUCUGAUGAGGCCGGCAGAAAUAAAGUUCUUCGCUUAAUCGAAACACUCUUGUCUAAUAUAAAGUGUUCUCCGCGUGUCAUAGACGAACUUAUGAAGAUUUAUAUUAAAUUGACACCUAAUAUAGAAACUUUGACCAAUGAAGUUUCAGUUAUUAUUUCAAACAUACGAGAGCCUUUAGUAGAACAAGGUCCCACAGAGCAGCAAAUACACGAUAAAGAAUUUCAGGUAGCACAAUUAAGAUACAGGACGCACGUCUUGAUGGAAAAUCAAAGCGAGGCGGUUAAAAAGCAGGACUUUGAGGGAGCUGCCUUAAUUAAAAACGAAAUAAUAUCAAUUAAACAACAAAUUGAUGAAAUCGAAACGAAUUUCGAAGAGAGAAUUAAAAAAUCCCGAGUAACUCGUGACGAAACCGCAGUAAACCAUCACGUCUUGAACGUGCUUAUUUCGAUGUUUAAAUCUCGGGAAAUCAAUAAAGUGACUACUGCGAUUAUGACGCUUAAAAAUGAAUUGAUUCUGCCAUUUCUGCAGUAUCCUGAUCCAGAUACCUACUGUAGAACUAUCGAGUGUUUAGCACUGUGUUGCAUGUUGGAUUUCAACUGGGCCGAAGAACAUCUCAAACCAAUUUUGAAUCCACUUAUCCAUUAUCGAGUGAUUUCAACGCUUGGAAAAAAAGUGGUUCUCACGUCCAUAAGAGUCUUAUCUGACUUGGCAUUACUUUAUGGGGCAAAACUUUUCAAACGUAACAGCUCAUUUGAAUGUACAAAUGGUGAUCUUACUGCCAGUAAUAUUUCCGUUAGGCGGCUUGCGAACAAAUCUAGAAGGCUUUACACUAUCAACGACACCGAAGAAUUAGAUUCCUUAGUCAAUCGAUGUCUUACGCUUGACGAACUUAUUGAAAGUCUUUUGGAUAUGCUGGACGACGACCAAGAAGACAUUAGAUACUGUGCUGGCCAAGGAUUGUGUAACCUUUUAAGAAUUGGUAUAAUUAAUUCUUCAUCAAUCAUAGCUCGACUUUGUUUGAAAUGGUUUAGUCCUGUAACAGAAAAAACCGAUUUGAAACUUCAACAGUUGAUUGGGUUUUCUUUGAUACGUUACGCUCAAAAAGUAAGAGGUAGCGAGGAGAUCUUUGAAGGAGCUGUUAUACCGAUUCUCUCAAGCAUAGCCAACGCACCUUGCACCAGUCCUCUGGUAGACAUAGAUAUAGAUAACACCCUACGUUAUUUAUCUGCAUUAAUUGGCAUUAGAAAAUCUACGUGUAUCGUCAAUCAGCAUCUGAAGUUAGCACGAACCUUAUGUCAUAAGAUUCAGACUCGUCCACAAGAUUCCGCUGUUCCUUUUUACACAAAAAUGUUGUUGUGUUUGGAACCCACUUUGGAGGACCCUGUUGUUAUCCAGGAACUUCUUCAGCAAGUCGAUCAUCUGCUUAAGGAAAUACCGGAUAAAGCACCUAGCCGAUAUUUGAAGAAAUUUAAGACCUCUUUGACCAAUCUAACAAAUUCUACAAACAGUUUUAAUAAUAGAACUGAAACUACCAUGCCCUCUGAAUGUAUACUACCUUCUGUUGCUGAAGAAGUCGAACUCUCGUCACAAGACGAAGAUAAUAACGAGAAUUUGAAAUCUGCUUCGGAGAGCGAAAAAACUGAAAGCAUAAAUGACAAAACGAAUCGAAAAUCUGUUCGUUUUCAGUUUCACUCUAAAUCAAACAAUCAAAGGAUAGAAGAAAAUUUAGAAACACAGGAACCUGAACAGUCAAAGAGGAAAACUCCGAAUGACAAUGAAAUUUGUAAUAGCAUUCAGGCUUUACACAAUGAAGGGAACGACAAUGAAGUUGUAGAAGCAGCGACGAAAAAGUCAAAAACUUAUCAUUUAAAGAAAAAGAAUGCAAACGAAAAAAGUCAUCGUUUAGAAUCCAGUACGGGUAAUGGAAAAGAAAUUUCAGAAAAGAAAGAAGAAAAGUAUGGAAGGAUCAACAAUCAAUAUAUGACGAGAAGGAAUGCUUCAUUAACUCGUAAAAUGACGGAAGAAAGUGAAAAUAGUAAUUCAAAUAAUCGAACACCAAGUUCUGAGAAAAUAUCGGACGUCAGUUCAAAUACAGUGGACAGUACUACGUCGCGUAUGUCCGAAUUGAAUAUGAGCAAAUCAGUAAAAAGAAAAAAACUAAGGAGUAGAAGAUCAAACGACAACAAUGAUGAAGAUAGCACAAUGCUAGAAACUAUAGUUUAUGACGAUAAUUGCCAAUUGGAGGAAACAUUGUUUUCUGAUGAGGAAUUUACCUCGACGCCUCCUCUGCCGUCAAAUAACAAACCGAAUGACACAGUCUUUUCCGACGAAGAAGAGUCUGUGUCCACAACAAACACCUACAGUUCGGUCCAGUCCGACGAUAGGAGAGCGGUUAUUUUAACCGAAACGUCGACUGAUUCCGAGGGUACUGGUAACGGAAGAAGAUCAAAGAGGUUAAAGAAGUUUCCGAAAAAAGAUACUUAAACUUUUUACAAUAUUCUUUUGUAGUAAUACAAUAACAUUUAUACAUAUAAAAACUGUAGAUAUUUUAAUGUUGCGCUUAACUAUAGAUUAAAUUAAAUGAA